CUGCUGCCCGCUCCAGCCACCCGUACAGAGCGAGCCGGGAGCAUGGGGCAGGUGGCUUGGAAGGGUUUAUUUCUAUCACUUUUUGAUUAUAAAACAGAGAAAUACGUCAUUGCGAAGAACAAGAAGGUGGGGGUUCUCUAUCGAGUGGUGCAGCUCUCCAUCCUGGCUUACCUGGUGGGGUGGGUGUUUGUUGUCAAGAAGGGCUAUCAGGACACAGACACAUCCCUCCAGAGCUCUGUCAUCACCAAGCUGAAAGGGGUAGCCUUCACCAACACCUCGGAGCUGGGGGAGAGGCUGUGGGAUGUUGCGGACUACGUCAUCCCUCCGCAGGGUGAAAACGUCUUCUUUGUCAUGACGAAUCUGAUUGUGACCCCAAACCAGAGGCAAGCCACGUGUCCUGAGAGUGACAGCAUUCCCGACGCGCUCUGUUACCAGGACAGGGACUGCCUGGCGGGAGCAGCGGUGGUGGCUGGCAAUGGGGUUAAGACUGGCCGCUGUCUGAAAGACAAGGAUGGCAUCAGAGGGACUUGUGAGAUACUGGCCUGGUGCCCAGUGGAGAAAAGAUCCAAGCCCAAGAAACCACUUCUCGCCAGUGCAGAAAACUUCACUGUUUACAUCAAGAACUCAAUCCGCUUCCCCAAGUUUAAGUUCUCCAAGAUGAAUGUGCUGGCAACUAACAAUGAGUCCUACCUGAAGAGCUGCCACUACAGCACAGAGCAUCCCUACUGCCCCAUCUUCCUCCUGGGGAACAUCGUCCGGUGGGCUGGGAGCGACUUCCAGGAGAUGGCCUUGGAGGGUGGUGUGAUAGGAAUUCAGAUUGAAUGGAACUGUGAUCUUGAUAAAGCCCCUUCUGAAUGUAAUCCUCACUAUUCUUUUAGCCGACUGGAUAACGAGUUUGCAGAAAAGUCCAUCUCUUCUGGGUACAACUUCAGGUUUGCCAAAUAUUACCGGGAUGCUGAGGGCGUCGACUACCGGAUGCUCUUUAAAGCGUAUGGAAUCCGCUUUGAUGUGAUGGUGAAUGGCAAGGCAGGGAAAUUUAACAUCGUUCCCACCAUUAUCAAUAUCGGUUCGGGGCUCGCUCUCAUGGGAGCGGGAGCUUUCUUUUGUGACCUGGUGCUGCUGUAUCUGAUUAAAAAGAGUAACUUUUAUCGAGGCAAAAAGUAUGAGGAAGUAAAGUCCAGUUCCAGGAAGUCGUUAUCUGGCCCAACGCCGAAUGGCAAUCAGAGCCCCGACCAGCUUGGGGAGCUCUAG